CGACCUGAUGGCCUCCCUCAGCGACUUCAAGGUAAAGGAGGAGCCCGGCGCGACCUCGCAGGUGGCGCAGGUCGUGGAGCUCGUUCGCCACAAACCGCAGCAGCCGCAGUCCGGCCCGCCCUCCCACGCCGCGGGGCUGGCCGCGGGAGGCGGUGAAAACGCAGGAGGAGGCCGCACACUCACGAAGCAGGAGAAACUUCGCAGCCCCGCCCUCGUCCGCAGGCUGAUCAACGCCAGCACCCUCCAGACGCAGGUGGACUCCGCCUACGCCAAGCCGCAGAAGUCGGCCAAGAGUCCCUCGCCGCCCGCGCCCGCCCCCGCGCCUCUCAAAGAACCGACGCCGCCCAAGGAGCCCUCGCCCUCGCCCACGCCGCCCCAACCGAACCAGCUUGAUUCUAUGCUGGGUUCCCUGGCCUCACACAUGACUGAGCAGGGCAUCACCACCACGCAGAAGGGCUGCUGCAGCGCCUGCGACAAACCCAUCGUCGGACAAGUGAUCACAGCGCUAGGCAAGACUUGGCACCCCGAGCACUUCACGUGCGCCCACUGCAACCAGGAGUUGGGCACCAAGAACUUCUUCGAGCGCGACGGCCGCCCGUACUGCGAGGUCGACUACCACAACCUGUUCUCCCCGCGCUGCGCCUACUGCAACGGCCCCAUCCUCGACAAAUGCGUGACGGCGCUGGACACGACCUGGCACCCGGAGCACUUCUUCUGCGCCCAAUGCGGAAACACGUUCGGCGACGACGGCUUCCACGAGAAGGACGGAAAGCCCUACUGCCGCGACGACUACUUCAACAUGUUCGCGCCCAAGUGUGGCGGCUGCAACGCGCCCAUCAUGGACAACUACAUCUCCGCCCUCAACGCACAGUGGCACCCGGAGUGCUUCGUCUGCAGGGACUGCCGCCAGCCCUUCAACGGGGGUUCCUUCUUCGACCACGAGGGCAUGCCGUACUGCGAGACCCACUACCAUGCCAAGAGAGGGUCGCUGUGCGCAGGCUGCCACAAGCCCAUUACAGGUCGUUGUAUCACCGCCAUGUUCAGGAAGUUCCACCCGGAGCACUUCGUCUGCUCGUUCUGCCUCAAGCAACUCAACAAGGGCACCUUCAAGGAGCAGAACGACAAGCCCUACUGUCAUGGGUGCUUCGACAAGCUCUUCGGCUGAGGAGGAGGCACUUGGAGGGCACGACCGGCGUAGGGGCAGCCCGCGCGGGGUGGCCGGAUGAGGAGCGGUGGUUCGCACAAAGAGGGUGUGAGGAGACGAGACGACCAACCUUGUUUACCAGAGGAGAAAGCAGGAGAAGAUUGUCACGUGAACUGUGUAUAUAUUCCAUAGGACGAAAAAGAGUAGAUAUAUUUCCCGUUGUAUUAUUAAUCUCUGUGUGCAUGGCGGGGCGCGUAGAGCGUGCAGAAAGCGGAGCCGAGGUUAUUCUAGUGAUAGGCGGAAUGCAAUGUUUUCGACCCCACACACGACUUGUUAGGUCACCAGCACGCGCACUGUGUCGACUUGGUUGUAGCAACUUCCCGGAUCAGACGCUCUGCUCACACCAAGAUGGAAAAGCAAAGUAUUACCAAGUGUUGUGUAGUGAUUUUGUAAUUUCAUACAAUUUGACGUUGCUGAAGUAUUUAAACUUUUUGGCAAGAUUUGAAUACAGGGGGAUGUUUUUAUUUCGCAUGUUGGUUUGGUAUGUAAAGGUUCUAACCCUUUUUUUAAAUAAGGUAUUACACAACGCUCAGAAAAAUAGAAUUCAUUUGCGGGAUAUAACAAACGCUAUUAAUCUGGUGUCUAAUUUUAUAUAUAUUUUUUCCCAAAGUUUUUGUAGGACAGAGAGUGCAUUUACACUUAUUUUGGUGUUAUGAUGGUAUUGGUGUUGUGAUUAAAAUAUAUUUAUGUGUUGAUUAAGGAUUUGACAAACUUCUGCCUUUCCAGUGGGGGCAACAGUCCACACACCCGUCGAUCAAAACUAGCAGUAAGUUCAGACAAAAAAAAAAAAGCCCUUUAACUAAUUCCUAGCACAAAUUUGGCGAAUUUUCUCUUUUUCUUUGAUUUUAGAUGCAUAGAUAUAUGUAUUCAGACAAUGGAAAUGGGUAGAGUUCCUUAUUGGUGCAAAACGAUUUUAUUUUUUAUUAUUGCUAUUAUAGUUGUGCGCAGAUGCUAACAAAGCACACACAUUGCUUGUUCCUUCUGUAUGCUAGAUUUAGGAGUAAGCUGAACUGUUCUCCCCCUGAAUUAAACUUUUAGCACAAGAAAGCAAUAGGGUUAAAAAUGGUGAAGGUUAUCUAUUUUCGGUUUGCUGAAGUGCAAUAGAAAUGUUAUUUUUAUGACACAGUCCUAUUUUUUUGUUCUUUUCUAGAAAGCCAGUAAAGUGCGUCUGUCAUUCAGAUGUAACAGGACUAAAAGCCUCGAAGAAUUUCCCUUAAUUUGAAAUUAAAUGGAAAAGCCUUGAUUUCAUUCUCUCUUUUUUUUUUAUCAGCAUUAUGAUUUCCAUGAUCCUUUGCACUGUGCUGUUAGUCGAGUAUUGAUAUAUGAAGUAUUGUGUUACUGCAUCACUGCCACAUCUUUUUAUGAAUAUUGCCAUCAAUGAGCUCAAAGGUUACAGGCGAGUGUUUUAUAUUGUUUUAGCGCACAUUUGCCACGGAAAUGUUGACAAUAGGAUGCAGAAUUCACAUGUAAAGACAAUGGUCUAUGUAAUUCGUUGCAGCAAGAGGUUGCAAAUAAUUAUUGUAUGUGAAAUGUUAACAAGUAUAUUUUAUUGAUAUGAAAUGUUUACUGACAUUAGUUCAUCUGUACUUGUCAUUAGUUUUAGAAUUACCAUUUUUUGUAUAGUACUUGUGUAUUUUCAUACUGUCUUGAAUUACCUGAUGGGUCAUUCAAUAAUAACUUUUUGCUUCCAUUUUAUGACUAAUAUUUUAUUUCUCUUUUCCCCCCAAAGUGUAUUUAUUGGAGAGUGGGUCUGGUUUCAGAAUGUUUGCUCAUCUUUGAAGGUACUCAGAUUAUGCCAAUGGAAUAAUCACAUCCUGUAGUUUUAUUCAUAGAGUUGAAUCCCAUCAGAUGAAAUAUUGUUGCACACCUACAGAGGUAGAGCUGCUAAGCUUCUCCCCCCCCCCCCCCCCCCCCUCCCUGGUCAAUUUCAAAAGCUAUCAGGAAUCACAAAUAUCAACGUAAAACUAACAAUGGAGUCCCAUGUUAGCUAUAAGAGUAAAACUAAGUCAUUUUUUUUUUUUUUUUUAUCUAAGACUAACAAGGUGUUAGCGCAAAUUAAAGAUAUGUCUGGAUAGAGACAAAGUUCAUGUCGCAUUUUAGAAUUUGAUUGCCAUUUUUAUAUUAACACCAUUUCUCAUUUCUUGUGUGUUCGUAUGUUCUAUACUGAUUAUUUGUUUGUGCUAGUUAAAGACAAAUAUUUUACCAAUAAAUAGAAGAGGUGUUUUUUUUAUUAAUUAUUUGUUAUUUUUUUGGGAAAAGAAUUAUCUGUCAGGGAAAGUGAAAAUAAAUAGAUUGCUUCUUGCUUUACAGGCCCUGUAUGAUUUCACUCUGAAAGAACGUUUUCCAAUCUUGUUAAAUGCUCAAAUACAUAAAAGAUCUUGAUAUGAUUAUUACCAGCAGAAGAAGAUUCAGAAGUCAUGCAGGACGCCUUUCAAGUGAGAUUAAAAAGUGUACAGACAUAUGCAAUGUAUUUUAGGAAUUUGGGUGUGAUUUGCCACUUACUGUAUUGCUUGGUGAAAGGACUUUGUACCAUGCUAGGGAUUACACUUCGCUGUGAGUUACUAGCUAUCACAUCCUUUUUUUGUCAUCUGUCAAGCAUAUGCAGUAUUUUUAUGCCAUGUCCUUUCCUUAUGCUAUAGUUCAAUAAAACACCACAAUUUUAA